GAAAACACAAAAGAAAGUUAAGUUACAGAAUCUGGAUCAUAAACUUUUCUGGGAAAUAUUGAAAAUUUCCCAGUAAUUUUGAUUCCCCAACACAUCAUCAGGUUCUGCUAAGCCAAACCCAUUAUUCAUUGACCCUUGAAGGUGGUUUAAACAAAUCAAUCAUCCUAAAUUUGUUAUGGUUUGAGUUUGUGUUCCAUAUUGGUGGAUUGAUUGAGGGUGUGGUGUGGUGAAUUGAGUCUGUUUGUUUUGUAAAACUGAUUUAUUAGAUUGGUGGAAGCAACAUGACGAAUCCUAAAAUACAAUCCACACCAGGAAGCUCAGGGUAUUUGGAUUUGUACCCUGAACGUAAAAUGGCAUUUUUUCAGAAUCCUUAUAUCCUUGGACUUGUUGCUGUUGCAGGCAUUGGUGGCUUGCUCUUUGGUUACGACACAGGUGUGAUAUCAGGAGCCCUUCUAUAUAUAAAAGAUGAUUUUGAAGCUGUUAGAGAAAGCAAUUUUCUGCAGGAAACAAUUGUGAGCAUGGCAAUUGCUGGUGCAAUUAUUGGAUCAGCAGCAGGUGGUUGGGUUAAUGAUGCUUACGGACGAAAGAACGCCACUCUCAUUGCUGAUGUUAUCUUCAUCUGUGGAUCAAUUGCCAUGGCUGCUGCACCAGAUCCUUAUGUUCUCAUUCUUGGCCGUCUUCUCGUUGGUUUCGGUGUUGGUAUUGCUUCUGUCACCGCUCCGGUCUACAUUGCCGAAGCAUCACCAUCUGAAAUAAGAGGAAGCUUAGUAAGCACUAACUCACUCAUGAUCACUGGUGGACAGCUUCUUUCAUACAUUGUUAACCUCGCUUUUACACGGGUCCCUGGGACAUGGCGAUGGAUGCUAGGAGUUGCAGCUGUGCCAGCAAUAGUUCAGUUCAUUCUCAUGCUAUGCCUGCCAGAAUCCCCAAGAUGGCUCUUUACAAAGAAUAGGAAAGAUGAAGCUAUUGAUGUGCUUUCUAAGAUCUAUGACUUGUCUCGGUUAGAGGAUGAAGUUGAUUUCCUAACAGCUCAAUCAGAGCAAGACCGCCAGAAAAGGAAGAAUGCCAAACUCGGGAAUGCUUUUAAAUCUAAAGAAAUCAGACUAGCAUUCCUUGUUGGAGCGGGGUUGUUGGCCUUUCAGCAGUUUACAGGCAUAAAUACAGUGAUGUACUACAGCCCAACAAUUGUCCAAAUGGCUGGCUUCCAGUCCAAUGAAUUGGCUCUUCAACUCUCCCUCAUAGUUGCUGCCAUGAAUGCAACUGGAACAAUUCUUGGCAUUUACUUAAUUGACCAUUCAGGGAGGAAGAAACUAGCACUUUGUAGCUUAGGAGGAGUGUUUGCAUCUCUGGUCCUAUUGUCCUUGGCAUUCUUAAACAAAUCAUCAUCUGCAAAUGACUGGUAUGGAUGGCUAGCAGUUUUGGGUUUAGUCCUUUACAUUGGAUUUUUCUCACCAGGAAUGGGACCUGUGCCAUGGACUGUGAACUCAGAGAUAUACCCUGAAGAGUACAGAGGAAUUUGUGGUGGCAUGUCAGCUACUGUGUGUUGGGUUUCAAACUUGGUUGUGUCACUGAGCUUUCUCUCAGUUGCCGAAGCUCUAGGGACUGGUACCACUUUCUUGAUCCUUGCUGGGAUAACUGUGCUUGCCUUUCUGUUUGUGCUUGUGUAUGUCCCUGAGACCAAAGGAUUGACUUUUGAUGAAGUGGAGCUGAUUUGGAAGGAGAGAGCUUGGGGCAAGAACACAGACUCAACAAACCUUCUUCAUGGGGAAAAUGAAUAUCAAUCCUAGAAUUCAGUGUGUUUGACCCAGCUGAGUGCAAUGUGAACCAAUUUUUAUCUCAAUUCAUAAAAAAACUUAGUUCACUUUUUUUUACCUCAAAAUGAAUGCUCAUAUUAUUUGCACAGGUUGAUAUCCAAACAUAGUCACCGCGCUGUUAGGAAAUUUUAUAUCUAGUAAUAUUUUAAAGUACAUUUCAUUUAUACACCCAUUAUCUCAUCCCUGAA